UCAGUGUUAACCUGGUUUACAUCAUGGUAUAUUUUAUAUUAUCGAAUUUCACCGGCUCAUCUUUCUUCCUCGAUUGAAUGCAUGGCUUUGGCGAAUUGAUGACUGUGCCGCCAUGCCAAUGUAGUCAGCCAUGUAGUCUAUCUUUUGCUUGGAAUCCAACACGAGUGCCGACCUUUUGGCUCGGCAUCAAUAGAGGACGGUACCGGUAGUAGAGGAAUCACAAAAUCAUAAAUUCACCAAUGUGGAACCAAACUCGUGUGUUACCCUUGUUGUCGUGCUUGUGCCUUUUGGCAAGCCCUGCCUUGGCGUCAGAGCCACUCCUGCGCAACCUUCGCAAUAGGGGGCUGGAGGCAGCUGCAAAGGCAGAAGGUAAGAAGACGGAUGAAGCAAAGACAGAAGAAGAAUCCAAGCCCAAAGACAGUGGGUACAGUCCUCAGAAGGCUUUCUUGCUGGAUGAUGUGAAAUGCCGCCACGUGGACCUCUUUGCUCCACCCGCUGAUAUCAACAAGGAUGCUAGCGGGAGGAGGUUGAAUCAGUUGAGUUAUGCCCAACAGAAAAGUAGUUGGAACAGACGUACAGAGUCAGAACCGGCUCUGGAUCCCUUUACCGACGAUGAAACCGGUGACGACGCGGUCCCUGAAUCCACGACGGAUGAUACCCCUGUGCCAGAAAGCAAGCAACCACCUCGCCCUCAUGAACUGUCGGACAUUCCCCUGGACCCAAUCAUUAGCUAUGGUGAAUUGGAAAAUGGACUGCAGUACUAUAUAGUCCCCAAUGAUGACCCACCAGGAAAACUGGAAUUUCGCCUUCACAUUGAUGCCGGUGCCAACUUUGAGACUGAUCCCUUUGAUGGAGGAGCUCAUUUUCUGGAGCACAUGAUGUUCCAAACCACUCGGACUCACCCAGAUGGAGACCUUAUUCCUGCCUUUCAACGGCUUGGAUUGGGCUUUGGCAUCCAUGUCAAUGCGUAUACUACAGUGGAUGAGACCGUCUACUUUUUGGGAUUGCCCAACACGGACAAUGAUACCAUUGCUGAGAGCAUGAACUGGAUGCGUGAUGUCUUGGAUGGGGCCCUCAUAGAAGAAGAAGAAAUUGAAGCCGAACGGGGAGUUGUCAUUUCCGAACUGGAAGCCAGGGAUUCCAUUGGAAGACGGCUUACCAGGGAGCUGUACGCAUGGGUAUUGCCGGAUAAUCUCCUCUCGGACCGCUUUGUGCUUGGAACCGAAAGUACCAUCGCCACGAUGGAACGUCCUCUGUUUGAGGAAUACUACGGUAACUACUAUGUACCUCGAAGAGCUACCUUCAUUGCAGCUGGAGAUAUCAAUGUUGCAGAAAUGGAGGCACUCAUCGAAGAGUACUUUGGCAGUACUGCAGACGCGGGUGAUCGUGGAGACCCUGUGGACUACGGCCCGGUCCCUGUGGGUCAGGGCCUUCAGACCAAUGUCUUCCAAGACGAAGAGUUGGUAGGAGCUCAAAUCACCAUUAAUACCAUGGUCCCGCAGGGCCCUCUCCCAGACACGGAAGCGCAGCGAAUUGAAGACAUGAAAAUCUCCAUUGCCAAUACUGUUGUUUCCAAUCGUUUGUUCGACCUUGGCAGCCCUUCCAACAGUACCAUCUUUUCAGGAGCGGCAGGCUUUUCUCAUCUUUACGAUUUUGCCCAAAUUGCAAGCAUCUCCGUUUAUCCAAAAGAGGGUCUCUGGAAAGAGGCCGUCUCGGUCAUGGAACAAGAAGUUCGUAGGUUUCUGGAACAUGGCUUCACGCAGUUUGAAGUGGACGAAGCCAAAGCCUCUCGACUGAAUGCGUAUCAACAACGGGUUCUUGGAAAGGGUUCACGUAGCUCGGCAUACUUUGCUGGUACUCUCAAUGCGGCGGUGAAUGGAAAUUUUGUGUUUUCCUCUCCAGAAGAGGACCUUCGCAUUGCCGAACUCGCUUUGGAUGAAAUCACCCCAGAAGUUUUGCACGAAGUCUUCUCCAACAUUUGGAACACAAGUGAUAUCAACCUGUAUCUUGCUAUCGCCGAGAUCGACGGCACACAAGACGAAGUUGCAGAGGAACUGAAGAUGCUCUGGUUGGACAGUCAAAGUGUCCCGGUAGACCCCCCGGUGGAGGAAGAACCUGUGGUGUGGGCGUAUACUGACUUUGGUGAGCCUGGCACUGUUAUCGAGGACAGCUUUGUGGAAGAUCUUGAAAUUCGUCAGAUGACUCUGUCGAACAAUGUAAAAGUGAACUUGAAACAGACAGACUUUGAGGAAGGGGUCAUCCGUUUCCGGGCUCGGUUUGGACUUGGACAGUUGACUCAACCCAAGGAUGCAACUUAUUUGGACAGUUUUACGGACUACGUAUUCGGCAAUGGAGGUCUCCAAAACCAUACUGUUGUUGAAAUUGACAGUGCUUUGACGGGCAAGACCGUCGGGAUAUCUUUUGGAAUCUCCCAGGACUACUUUUCUUUGUCUGGAUAUGCCAACCCAUUUGACCUGGAGUUUGCGUUGCAACUCUUGACAGCUCACUUUGUUGAUCCAGGCUGGGACGAAACGGCUCUCGGAUGGUUUCGUGAUGGAAUUCCUGAUGUUUUGGACAGCAUCAAGUAUAGUUUGAAUGGUGCCUACAGCUACCAGCUGUUUCCGUAUCUAUUCGGAGGAGAUGAAAGGUGGACAGCUCCCACGGAGGAAGGAUUGUUUGGUCUUGAAAUUCCGGAUGCGCAAACCUGGCUCACGCCUUCUCUCGAGAGCGGACAUAUUGAAUUGUCCAUUGUCGGCGAUUUCAACGAGACCGAGACUGUCAAUCUUCUGCUGGAGACCAUUGGUGCCAUUCCAGAACGAGAUGCCUCGCCGCCUGAGAUCACAGACGAAAUGCGCGCAAUCGACAUUCCCGUUGCCCCGCAAGCAGAGACAUUCGCCUACGAAAGCAAGAUCCCUACUGCUGGUGCUUUCAUUGUGUGGAGGAUUCCUUCGUUUGUAAGUCAAGACAUAGGGUUAUUGCGUCGUUUCAAUUUGCUUGCUGGAGUGUUCCGCGACAGGAUGAGAGUCAAAAUCCGAGAGGAGUUGGGUGGUUCCUACUCUCCUGGUGCUAGCUCGAUCAUGAGCGAUGCUUUUGAAUAUGGAUUUUUCAUGACCAAUGCCAUUGGAGUGAACGAUGAAGUCGAAGUCUUCACAGAAAUCACCUUGGCAAUUGCCGCCAACAUAUCGCAAGCCGAUAUUACACAAGAUGAAUUCGAACGCGCCCUCUUCCCCUUCCAGAGUGAAAGGGCUGAUGACCUCCAAAGCAACAGCUACUGGUUGGGCACUGUGAUGGAUGGUUCUCAGGCCAAUCCCCAGCAGCUCGAUUGGUCCCGCGGUCGCGACGAAUUCUACGAGGACCUAACGGUGGAGGAGAUCAACGAUUUGGUAGAGUACCUGUCGCCAGACAUUGCCUAUCAGUUCGGAAUCAUUGCAGUGAACUCGACUGACGCUGACGCGGAGUAGCUACUUGUCGCCAGCAUCCAAGAAGACUCUGUAAGGGAAUAGUGGGCUAUCUGUAAGAAAAUAGUGGUGGGCUACUGUGUUUCC